AUGCCGCCCAAGUCAAAAUCUCCCAAAAGUAAAUCUUCCGGUAAAAAGAAAGGAUCUCCCACGCCUGUGGGUCCACCACCGGUCGUGGUAAAGGAUGUGAAAAGGAAACGCGUUUGGACAAAAUAUGACAUAAAGGACUACACGUUUAAGCACUUUCGAUGCAUACGUUGUAGCCUGGUCUUAAAUUCGUUCCAAGACUUUAUUAAUCAUUGUUGUUGGCGGAAAUACUACGCCGCUAAGUUUCACCUCGGAUGCACUCAAGCCUUCGCGUGCAGGACCUGUGAACUUGUUUUUUAUUCCCAUGGUGACUAUGCCAGUCAUGUUUGCUUUGAUAAAAAACGUUGCGACGAGCUUGAACACUGGGAACCUGAGGAUGUUCUGCCGAUAAACUACAGUGAACACCAUGAUUUCUACAUAGCUUGGACACGGAGAGUGGAGUCUGAGGUCAAGCCUCAUGACCCGGACUACUUUUACAUUUGUCGAUGUUGUAAGUGCAACAACAAAUUUAAGACGAAGGUCGCCUAUCUCACACACAGUUGUGUCAUGUUUGCCCUGCUUAAGCCUGCUCAUAUGCGCCGUUUUAAAACCUGUAUGCACUGCCGUUAUGUUUUUCUCAACAACGAACAGUACACAAAACACAUUCCAUACUGCAAUCGGAACAAAGAAUUCUGCAUAGAGUUUGCCGCUACGGCCACAGAGAUUGCCUGUCAGCAAUUUGUGCUGGGACGCCACUGUUUCGAUUUUGACACUCAUCUACACACUGGCGCGUCCUUCAAAGAGCGUGCAUUUGGUGAACCCCCUGGUAAUCCGCCCAGACCACCACCAAGUUUGAAACCGGACCCUGAGAUGGAGGUUUGCUGCAAUGAGUGUGGAUUUGUUCAGCCCAAUCUUUUGGAGUUUUACUAUCAUCCCUGUGUGGCAGGCAAAUUGAUAACACCGGCCAAUCUGGAGCUCACCCUAUUCUGUUGUGACUGCCAGUGCCUGUUUCCAGAUAUUGAGGAGUGCAUUAGCCACUUUAAAGCCUGCUCGACCAUGAAGUUUUCAUUUGUACGCCUUAAUACGCCAGAACUCUUGCGGGUGGCCCUUCGUCGAUGGUCAAUCGAACAAGCAGAGAAUCCUUAUUUGCCAGCACGGCAAGUGAAAUUCCGUUGUUACGAUUGUAACGAAAUCUAUACCCAAUUUAUGCAAUAUCUCACUCAUCCGUGUCCGCGGCGCGAACGUUUUGAGCGUCUGCUCAUUCAGCCACUCGGAAUCAUGGAGACUUACACCUGCGAGUCUUGUCAUGUGGUAAUGUUCUCGGUUUCGGAAGCCCUAUCCCAUUCAGCCGUAUGCAAGGUUGGUGAUCAUCCACAUAUCUUCCAAGUUCACUAUAACAUGGACGAGGUAGUUGCGGCCCUGACACCAUGGAUGCGUCUACCUCGCCUGCUACAGUUUGACCUUUCUGUUGGCAUCGGAUCAGAAGAAGAUGAAUUAGCCCUCCAAGAGGCCGAGUUUAGGGCCGCAAAUAAGAUACCUCAAGCCGACGUUAUUAAGAGGUUUCAUUCGAAAGAUGACAGGCCAUCCAAGAGAAUUGAAAACUGGAUCUGGGACGUGGUACACAGGCCUAGACCAGAGGAACUUCCCCCACGUCUUCGUGAUAUCCCGAACGAGGAAUGUAUACGUCGCCUGCAAUUGCUAAACAUCGGUGCAUUGGCUGAAAAUUGUCGGAAACCAAAAGCCUGUGAAGCUGGUUUUAAACUUACAAUAGAAAACUGA